UGUUUGUAUUAUUUAAAAUUCAAAAGAGCGCAAAAAUAUUGUCCAUUUGAGUGUUUUUCUCAACAAGAUGCAGCUGCAAAAUGUUUAGAAUAUUUGCACGAUACACCAGCCUGUUUUUUGAGUUGUGAUUUGGCAUAUUAAUGGCGUGUAAAAGCCAUUUUGAAGAGUAUGCCAUCAAUGGUGUCAAAGUGAAAUUUCCUUAUAAACCGUACCCAAGUCAGUUCACAAUGAUGGACAAGGCAAGUUUUUGUUUUUAAAGUGAAUAUUGUCAUUAUAUAUUCAAAGUUUGUCAUUUAGUAGUCAUGUAUUUUAUUGUGGUAUUUUAUAUAAUGUCUUAUUAAUGUUGAAUUACUCUUUGUAUAAAAUAAACUUUUACUGUAAUGGUGAUGAAAAUACUAAAUUUCUGCUUCCAUUAAAGAUUAUAAAAAGUAUUGAAAGAAGGCAAAAUUCUUUACUUGAAAGUCCAACAGGAUCUGGGAAAAGUUUGGCAUUACUUUGCUCAAGUCUAGCUUGGUUAAUGGUUGAAAAAGGUACUGAGGUUGUGUAUUUUGACUGUGUAAUGAUGUGUUUUCAUGAGACCAUGUAAAAUGUGUUUCUUUUGAUAAUUUUGUAGAGAAAAUACUCAAGCAGUAUCUGGAAUUAAAGAAAUCUCUUCUUAAUCAAAUGACAGGUAUUGGUAUUGUUUAAUAUUCAGUUUGUGCAGUAAAAUAGCUUGUGAAUUGUUGAAAUAAAAUGUCAUGCUUUUCUCUUUAUAUACAACAUCUGGCCAGUGGCCACAGAAUAAAGAAGGUACAGCAGGAGUGUAACUUGAGUCGGUUCCCUUAUUGUUUUACGUCCACGGAAAUUUUUACUUGCUCACGCCAUCCUGGCUAGUACAACCGGAGUUUUUAUCAGGUUUUGGUAGGUACAAAGUGCUGGUUGUACUAGCCAGGAUGGCAUGAUUGAUGACAAAUCGCUUGUAAAAACGCGGACAAAUACUUGCUUGAGUGAGACUUCUGCUGUACCUUCUUCUUCUGUGACCUGGCCAACACCUAGUCACAGAAUAAAGACAUACAGAAGUGUAUCUUCUUAUUAAAAGUGCAUAAGGGAUUUUUUCAGUCCGCCAUGUUCUUAGCAAGUGCCCUAAAGAGAGGCAGUCACCCCCCUGAAAACAUAUUGAAAAUUUAAUAAUGCAGGGGGGUGAAUGCCUCUCUUUAGGGCACUUGCUAAGAACAUGGCCGCCAGCUAUUUCGGUGAAAGCGCCUUAUGGUUUUGUAAUGGAAGUUACACUUCUGUAUGUCUUUAUUCUGUGACCUAGUGCAGCAUGUGACGUACAUGUCAGGGUGCGAAUGCUGUUACUAACCCUUUUACACCCUUGUUGCAACAAAUUUUAGCAUCUGCAAUAUCAAAUUUCUUCAACACUUGUCUCAAGUAGCUGUAAAGAUAUUAAUUGUUAAAACUUGGAUACAGCAUACCUAGUUGUUGGUAGUUUGAGUUUACUGCAGGUUGUUUUGGAAGUUGCUUCUUCCAUCACCAGAUGAGCUUCUUCCGUCACCACGCCUGAUGAUGAAAAAAGCAACUUCUGAAACAUAAUCUAGAAACUAUCUGAUAAACUUGAAACUAUAAAAUAUUACACUAAACUGACAAGGAAAGACACUACAGUAUAUUUCAUAGUUAUUGGGUUGAGGUUACCCCUACCUGUCCCACUUUAUAGUGUUCCUCCCCUAGCCCACCCUGUCCAACCCAAUGCCCAGGGUGGGUUUGGGGAUUUAGACCCUACAAUAACUGCAUGUUUCUACCUGUUCUCACAUUCCCACGCCGUUGAUCUGAUGAAAUAUUUUCCAGAAAACAUUGAAACUGAAAACUCUGUGAAGGAAGAGGAAAAAGGUGAUGUUAAGGUGAAAAUUGAACAACUCAACGAUGUGAAACCUAACAUCAAAACUGAACCCAAUCCUGAUGUCAAGGUCAAAAUUGAGCAACUCGAUGAAUCAAAUGAUCUGAAACCUAACAUCAAAACUGAACCCAAUCCUGAUGUCAAGGUGAAAAUUGAAAAACAGGACGAAGUGAUUGACCAGAAACCUGUGAAAUCUGAAGCAGAUGCUGUUGGUGGAGUUCAAGUCAAAAUUGAGAAAACUGAUGAAUCAUUUGAUGAAAAACCUAAGUUCAAAAAUGAAACUGGUGGUGAUGAAAUGCAGACAACAGAUAAAAUAAGUGCAAGAGGUGAGAUAGAACACCCGAAUAAUCGUGUUUGAUGCCGGCUGACAGCCGGAAAUUUUGUCUUUGAUUGCUUGGCUGCCAGCCGGGCAUCUUUCACAAAGAUACUACAUUUUACUUUUCAAAUUUGGGCCUUUCUACUGAGCUUUGUAUGGCAUACCUGACUGUUGAUUUUAUCUUUAGCACAAACUGCUGAAACAAAUAAUGAUGCCUGUAUGGCGAUGGAGGAUGAUGAAUUAAAUGACGAUGAUGCAGACUUUCAAGCUCCAAAGAAACGUUUUAGGACUCCUGGUGGACAGGUGGAACAACCUUGUAGAAAUUAAAAUAGUCUGUAGUUGAUCUUUUGUAGUUUGUGUCUGAAUUGACUAAAAAGGUUGUGUGAUCAAUCAGUCUAAUCCCUUCAAGGCUGGAUUUUGGUGGAAAUAGUGGGGGAGGUGGAAAAAAUUUAAGGGAAGUGCAGCAGUCUACCUCACGACCUCCAUGGAAAGUUAGGGCUUAGAACAGACCAAAUUAAAAUGAACGAUGUGAUGUAUGUGUAUUCAUGAAUUAUGACUGUACAACUCAUCCAAUUUUGCCCUUCAUUACAAUUACUACAAAGUUUCUUUCAAAACAUUGCAUUAAAAGGGUACUUGACACAGACUCUGAAUAGCUAUCACUGUUUCAAUUUUACAGAAAACUUUCUUACGAAGUGUACACCCUAAGCAACCAAAGAAAGAGUCAAAUUUUCACUUUGAGGCUUCGGUGGCGAAGUGGUUAGCGCACUUGCCUUUCACCUCUAAGGCCGCAAGUUCAAAUCUCAGUGAGGACUUCUCGUUGUGACUCGAACCCAGUCCUCAUGUGAAAAGAGAAGUCAACGCUCUGCCGAAAGUCGUGGGUUUCCUCCGGGUACUCCGUGUUUCCUCCCACAGGGAAAGUUGACAGGGUGGGUUAUAGGCACAUAGGUUUCCAGAGGACCACAGAGUCAUCAGUAUUCGUACUGUCAAGUGUCAAGUGUCAUCCUCUAUAAAUAAAGUCUCUCUAUCUUGAAACUUUCCCUAGGGGAGGUGCAUGACUUUUCUGGGGAGGUGCAAAACGAUCUCAGUGGAGGUGUGCACCUCCACUCAAAAUCCGGCCUUACUUCUCUUGAAACAUGAAAAUAUUUUUAAACUUUUUGAGAUAGUUCAGACACAAACCACAUCAGUUUUUUGUAGACAAGCUAUGUUUGAGGUAUUUUUAAUGGCAUAUUUUACAGAUUCCAAAAGCAAAAAAACGUCGCCAAACGGGAGGUGCAUUGGAUGAUGACCUUCCCGAUCCAGCUGGGAUGUCGUCAGCGCAUCCGGAAUGGUCCAUGGAACUAAAUAGAGCUGGGGAUAUGUCAACCAGCAAUUGUAGCAGUCAUGGAGAAAAUGAUGAUGACAAUGAAAGGGAUUUGCUGAACGAAGAACGUUGGUUAGAAGAAAAACUGGAAAUGUUAGUAUACUACAUUAAAAACAUAAGAUUUUGAUGGAUUGUUGUCAGUGUUGAAAUUAUCUAAAAAGUACAAAUCAUAUUAAAACAUUGAUAGUCUUCAUGAUUGAUAAGGAGUCUGCAAAUGAAAUAUUAUAUAUACCAUCAUUAUAAAAAGCGUUAUAAGUCACAUAGAACGUAUAAUAAAUAUGCAUUGAAUGAAUAUGUGGAGAAUUACUUACUGCGUUUGCUUUCCAAUUGCGUUCCGAACAAGUGUGAAACGCAUUCCAGCUUGAAUUGAUCGCGAAUUCGAUUGCGUUGUGAACGAUACAAUUGCAAAUGGACACAUGUCAACCAAAAGUCGUUUCUGACGCGUUCAAAACAACUUCAGGUUAUUGAUGACUUAAUUCUAUAUAAGCAGUACCGUUAUACAUUCGAAGUGUGAAUCGGAUUUUAUGCGUCAUGGUUCCUUGUGCAUGGCGGAGUUGGAACAAUUUUCUAGGAUUAAUAUCUUCUUAUUUACGUAAAAAGCAUUAAGAGAGCUGCACGUUUAUUUGUUGUCAAACUAUUAUGUCUAACCUUGGGAAAUAAAGUUUCAAACAAACAAACAAACAAACAAACAAACAAACAAACAAACAAACAAACAAACAAACAAACAAACAAACAAACAAACAAACAAACAAACAAACUUAAUGAUCCCAUUGUCCGCUAUUUCCCCCAAAUUUUCCACAGAUAUACAGUAACAUUUUCCUGCUGACAGAGGUGUCUAUUUGUGAGAGAAAUAAGAGACCUCUGUCAGCAGGAAACAGUAAUAUAUACAGGAAUUGAUUUUAUAUAUUUUGUAGGCCAGCUUCACCCAAGAUCUAUUUUGGAACUCGAACUCAUAAACAGAUAACACAAAUUGUUCGAGAAUUGAACAAGACAGAAUACAAAACUACAAAGUAAGUU